ACAGAAAAAAACCCACUAAUGCUUAGACCAAGUACGAGAAUAAUUGUGAAAGUAGCCACUCCACGUCUUCACCUUGUGAGAUGGAACUCAUCCAAACAGAGCAAGGCCUUGUCACCCGAGGAAGAACAAAAAAGAAGAGAAGAAGCAGCCAAGGUGGCAAUGCAGUCAAUUAAAGACUUAGGAACGAUGUUCUCCAAUGCAUCGAGCGACAAAGAAACAGAACCCAUAGAUACCCAACCUAUCUAUGAUGAUCCUCUGAAAUUUGGUCCGUUAAGCUUGCUUCACCAGGGUCAGGUGCUUCAAGAGUUACAAGCAAAGUAUGACAAGACUUGGAAAAAACUAAAACCUAUAGAGAAGAGACUUGGCUAUUAUAUUGCCUAUGGAAAUUGGGGUGUAAGGGAACCAUUUGACAACUGGAAAUCUCAAGAUAAACCCUACGAUUUACCCUUUACAAACCCAGUUUCCAGGGUAAGUCCCAAGGCAACAGACAAGGUUCAUAAAUUACCACCAGUGUAUCUUGCAGAAACGCCCAUUAGAAAACCUCAGUUCGACGUGAAAAAAAUGGAUCCGGUUACUAAGACGUUCAUAUACUUGACAUUAUUGGUUGCUUUGCUUGCAAGUUACAGAGACAAGAAUAUUGGGGAAGAAGGCAAACCUGUUGAGUUGAUUAUCAGAGAUUUACAUGAAGAAGAAAGACAAAAGAGAAUUCAAGAAGAGCAGGCACAAAGAGAAUUGGCAGCCCAAAUAUCUAAUCGGAAAUGGUACUUUUUGUGGUUGAGAUAGAAAUGAAUCGGUUGUGUUUGUAGCGAUACGCAUGUACAUAAAUAAUACACACAUAGACAUCGAUCUAUUACCAACUAUAUCUAUCACUUAUCAUUAGCAUCGUCCUCAUCUUCAUCUUCGUCCUCAUCGUCUUCUUCAUCGUCAUCAUCGUCAUCAUUCCAGCUAUUUUCCACCGUUUCUCUGACCCUUUUAAUAUAUUGAGACCGGUGUUCUUUAUACAAGUUGGCAGCUUCAGCAUUUGCUGGAGAGCUGAUGUUGGGAUCGUUCAAUAAAGAUUGGAUAGACGUCAAGAUACUAGACACAUCAUAAGUUGGAGACCAUCUGUUUUGUAAGAUAUCUAAGCAUAAUUCGCCACUUGCGUACACAUUUGGGUGAAACAUUUCACUUAUGAAUUUGACGGUUGGAGGUUUAUUUGGGUACUGUUCAUCAAAUUGCAUCACCAAUUUGAAGGUUCCAUCUUCAAAUGGAGUAUCAGCUGGUCCUAUGAUGACAGCAUUCCAUGUCAUGACGUUAUCAGGUAAAGGAGAUGCUGACACACCACUUGGAGCAUCUUGUUGCAUACGCUAAUCACGCAUGAGUCUUCUUUUCGCUGGAGUCGACAUUACUAAUGUGUCUUAUCUGUGAAUGAACAAUAUGAGUCUUCUUAUAUGAACAGGGAAAUUAACCAGAAUUAAUAUGAGUAAAAUGGUAUAUGUAUGUAGAACAGAAUGUGAUACUCAAAAGCUGGUUUGGGUACUUUGGAGUUUAUUGUCUAGUAUCAAAAAUAAGAGAUUUCGGUUAUGUGACGAUCGAAAUUUCUAUGGAAUAUUUUUGAAGAUCGCGAAAUCCCCC